CAAGUAGCGGUUAUUGCUGUAAAUUUUUCUGUAUUUUCAUUUCGUUUUCAACAGAUUGAGCAAGAGAAUUAAAACGCGUUAUCUUUCAAAAAAAAAAAAUUAUAUAUAUAUGGCUUGAAAAUUAUGAAAAAAAAUCUCCUCGGACCCAUGAAUAGUAGAGUGGAAAAAGGAAAAAAGAGAUUGUAUUUGUGGAAUAGGAUAAUUUAUCAGCAUUAUUAAGGAUAACAUUCCCAAUAAAUUAAGGUCCAGCAAAUUGUUUGACAAAUGCUCCAUUCGGGAAAUAAUUGUGUCAAUUCCAUUCCACACUUUCUCCAACAAUUCUGGACACACAUCUUGGAAUUUUUUUUUUUUUUUUUUCAGCUCAUCUUGGAAUUUUACUCAUUCUUAAUCUCAAUUCAAUUCAUGGUGGAUGCUAAUGCUAUACAAGAUAGAGAUGACAAACUGUUGACAAAAGCAAUUGAAGAAGCUUAUAAGGGAGUUCAAUGUGGACAUGGGGCUCCUUUUGGUGCUGUUAUUGUUUGUAAUGAUCAAGUAAUUAACAGCUGUCACAACAUGUCGCGGAAGUACAAUGACCCAACUGCACACGCAGAGGUCAUAGCCAUAAGAGAGGCAUGUAAUAAACUCAAUCGAACUGAGUUGUCAGAUUGUAACAUGUAUGCAUCUUGUGAGCCAUGUUCAAUGUGCUUUAGCGCAAUACAGAUUUCAGGAAUUAAGAGAGUAAUGUAUGGAGCUAAAGCUGACACUGCUAGAGCUAUGGGUUAUAGAUCUCCCAUUUCUGAUGCAUUGAGGGGCACCGGAGUUUAUCAAACAGCAGCUGAUCUCGAGAUCAAACAAGCUAACCAUAAUCUGGUUAUAAUCGCCGAGGAAAUAUUUGAGAAAUUUCCUAAAUCUAGUGCUUAAGAAAAUAAAAAUACAUCAAUCAAUCAAUGCUUGGAUUUGUGGAUUUGUACAAAUUAUUCCAAACCACCUGAUCCCAUGAAAACACAUUUAUGUAGGAAGGCAUAACCAUGGAAUGAUUUGUAAUAUAUUAGAUUAGUGGUGCAAUGUUAUAUUUAAAGGUUGGUGAUCUUCA